ACAACAUUCCAAUAACAUUUGUGAGAUUUUCCACAAAUUAAAAGGAAAAACUAUUGAGAGACAGGAAAAUCAACUUGUGGGCUCAAGUCGAUUGCUUUUGAAGCACGAUGGAAAGCACAUUUGCCGUUUGAACUUCGGUUAUGCCGUGUGGCAUGUGUCGGAUUCCAUAGAAAGAUUUUUUCUUCAUUUCUCCUUAUCUGUUAACAAAGUGAAAAAUCAAAAGAGAAAAAAAGUGAAGAAAAAAGAUUAAAAAAGAAAAAUGUUGUUCAACCUUUUGUCAAUUUCCUCGAUUAAAGAAAAGAAAACUUUGCUAUGAUAUGGCUGAUGGUUAAAAUAAAGUUAAAAUAAAAGAGCAAACGAAUGGCCACUAAUUAAAUUUAAUUGCUUUUUCUUCACUGUAAAUUAAUUGGCCUUGGUCCCACAUCAUCAAAAAAGUAGCAACAGAAGCUUGAAAACAAGUGAAAUGGAAAAUUGUGCAAAGGAAGAAAAUAAUAUUUGCGGCAUCCAACGGGACUUAAAUUGAAUAUUGAUUAAUUAGAACCAAAUUGAGCAAUCAUUAAAAUAAUUCAAGCUUCGUUCCCUUGAAACUAGUUUUUCAUGGUGAAUUGAUUAAGAAACAAAUUUGUUGAUUCAAAAAUAAUACUUAAAAUAAAAAAGUUUGUACACGCGCCAAGGUGAAAAAAGGCAAUCCAUUGAAUUCGAAUGUUGUGUUGUUUAAUUCCAUGCAUAGGCGUAAAUUGUUUUCUGUUUCCGUACGAAAAUAUAUCGCGUUAAUAUCGUAGUUUUGAAGUGGAGAAAAUUUAUGUAGCUCAAAGUGUAUAAAUUACAACCAAAAAAAGAGAAAAAGCUUUCCAUAAUUCAUUGUCAAGAAAAGUAGAAAAAAAGAGUUUUUCGGUUUGCAUUAAAAGUAUAAAAAUAAAAUUUAAUUACCUUUAGAAAAGCUGUGGAUGGAUGAAGAAUAAUAAAAAGGAAACUGUGGAAAAGUGACUGUAAUUAAAUAAAAGAAAGAAAAAGACCGAAAAAGAAAAAAGUAAUUAAAUUGUGUGUUAGGAGUGAUGGGUGUCUUCAAAAAUAAUUAUUGCAUUAGCAGAAAUGUGGAAUUAAAUGCAAUGUUAGUGUAUAAAAGUUUUUAUUUCUUCAUUACGAUAUUGGUGUUUGAAACUAGUUACGUAAAUGGAACGAAUCAACUUCACAUCGGUGGAAUUUUUCCGAUAGCAGGAAAAGGUGGCUGGCAAGGAGGGCAAGCAUGUAUGCCGGCCGCCAAUUUAGCUUUGGAAGACGUCAAUAACAAUCCCGAUUUACUGCCAGGCUUUCAACUCACACUGCAUAGUAAUGAUUCUGAGGUGAGUAAAAGAAUUGAAAUGAAAAUCUAAAGAGAAAAUUAAUUAAAUUUAUUGCAAAAGAACAUUUUCC